AUGCAUUCGAAUCACCUUCUUCUAGAAGAGCCCAUUCGGAUGGCUUCGAUUCUCGAGCCAUCCAAGGCUAGUUUUUUUCCCGCAAUGACGAAGAUUGUGGGUACGCUCGGGCCCAAAUCUCGAUCCGUGGAGGUUAUCGCUUCUUGCCUCAAUGCUGGAAUGUCUGUGGCCCGAUUCGACUUUUCAUGGGGAAACACGGAAUAUCACCAGGAGACGCUGGAGAAUCUGAAGGCGGCUGUGAAGAGUACUAAGAAGCUUUGCGCUGUUAUGUUGGACACUGUGGGUCCUGAGUUGCAGGUUGCUAACAAAACCGGGAAUCCUAUUUCACUCCUGGGAGAUGGCCUCGUUGUUCUGACACCAGAUCGCGGACAGGAACCAUCCUCAAAGCUGUUGCCCAUCAAUUUUGAUGGAUUGUCAAAGGCAGUGAAGAAGGGAGAUACCAUUUUUGUCGGCCAGUACCUGUUCACUGGAAGUGAAACUACUUCUGUGUGGUUGGAGGUUUCUGAAGUGAAAGGAGAAGAUGUUGUUUGUUCAGUAAAGAAUUCUGCAACAUUGGCUGGUUCAUUGUUCACUUUGCAUGCCUCUCAAAUUCAUAUUGACCUGCCUACUCUCUCUGCUCAAGAUAAGGAAGUUAUAAGCAGUUGGGGACUUCAAAACAAAAUUGACUUUCUCUCACUGUCAUAUACCCGGCAUGCAGAAGAUGUUCGCCAAGCCCGCGAGUUCCUUAAUAAGUUGGGUGACCUCAGUCAGACACAGAUUUUUGCUAAGAUUGAAAAUAUGGAGGGAUUAACCCAUUUUGAUGAGAUUCUACAAGAAGCUGAUGGUAUUAUCCUCUCCCGUGGGAAUUUGGGCAUUGAUCUCCCACCAGAAAAGGUCUUUUUAUUUCAAAAGGCUGCCCUUUACAAAUGUAACAUGGCUGGAAAGCCUGCCGUGGUGACUCGUGUUGUGGAUAGUAUGACUGACAACUUGAGGCCAACCCGUGCAGAAGCAACUGAUGUUGCAAAUGCUGUAUUGGAUGGAAGUGAUGCAAUUCUUCUUGGUGCCGAGACUCUUCGUGGUUUGUACCCUGUUGAUACCAUCUCUACUGUUGGUAGAAUUUGUGCCGAGGCAGAGAAGGUUUUCAACCAAGACUUGUAUUUCAAAAAGACUGUCAAAUAUGUUGGAGAGCCAAUGACACACUUGGAAUCUAUUGCAUCCUCUGCGGUACGGGCAGCCAUUAAGGUGAAGGCAUCUGUUAUUAUUUGCUUCACUUCUUCAGGAAGGGCUGCAAGAUUGAUUGCUAAGUAUCGGCCCACGAUGCCCGUUCUUUCUGUCGUUGUUCCUCGGCUCAAGACUAAUCAACUUAAAUGGAGCUUUACUGGAGCCUUUGAGGCAAGGCAAUCACUUUUAGUCAGGGGUCUUUACCCUAUGCUUGCUGAUCCUCGACAUCCUGCUGAGUCUACCAGUGCAACAAACGAGUCAGUUCUGAAGGUUGCUCUUGAUCACGGAAAAGCUUCCGGAGUGGUAAAGUCGCACGACCGAGUAGUUGUUUGCCAGAAAGUUGGUGAUGCCUCUGUUGUCAAGAUUAUAGAGCUUGAAGAUUAG